CCAAUCAGAGUGGGCGGAAUGUGGAACGGCAGCGAAUGAACGCGCAGCGGCGCGGAGUUUAAACCUGAAGCUGGCUGGUGGUGAGCUACAGUCUGCGGCGAGUACUCAGGAGGUCAGCAUGGCUCUCCGGAUGGUAAAGGCUAAUUAUGUUGGCAGAGACAAUGUUGAGCCAAAAAUCAUUUCAGGAAAAGUUGGAACAAAGGUUGGCUUGAGACCUAGAACUGCUUUGGUGGACAUAGGCAACAAGGCACAAGGAACUAAACUCCCAGUGAAAAAGGGGAAAAGUACGGUGGCCCCAAAGGUUGAACCAGUGAAGAAGCUCAACAAACCAGCAGUUCCACCAACCGAGAAGCAAAAUGAAGACUUACCAAAGUUACAGGUACCAGCAUCACCAUCCCAGAUGGAAACUUCAGGCUGUAUACCUGAAGACUUGUGCCAGGCAUUUUCAGAUGUGCUGCUUCCUGUUAAAGAUGUUGAUGCAGAUGAUGGUGAUAAUCCCAUGCUAUGCAGUGAAUAUGUUAAAGAUAUCUACAAAUACCUGAGACAGCUGGAGGUGGAGCAGUCAGUGAGGCCAAGGUACCUGGAGGGAAGGGAGAUAACUGGCAAUAUGCGUGCUAUCCUCAUAGACUGGCUUGUGCAAGUUCAGAGGAAAUUUCAGCUACUCCAAGAAACACUAUACAUGACUGUCUCCAUCAUUGAUCGAUUUCUUCAGGAUAAUCCAGUAACCAAGAGCAAUCUACAACUUGUUGGUGUGACAGCAAUGUUAAUAGCAUCUAAAUAUGAAGAAAUGUAUCCACCAGAAAUUGGGGACUUUGUCUAUGUCACAGACAACACUUACACUACAGCUGCAAUACGGGAGAUGGAGCGCAAGAUACUUAAGAAGCUUAACUUUUCUCUUGGUCGACCUCUUCCUUUGCACUUUCUGAGGAGAUCUUCAAAAGUUGCAGAAGUAAGCUCUGAACACCACACUUUGGCUAAAUAUCUGAUGGAACUGACUAUCAUUGACUAUGAGAUGAUCCAUUAUCUUCCAUCUCAGAUUGCUGGUGCAGCUUUUUGUCUUGCUCAGAAAGUCUUGAAUAGUGGAGAAUGGUCAUUUCUCCUGCAGCACUACAUCUCUUAUAAAGAAGAGGAUCUGAUUCCUGUGAUGGAACACAUUGCUAAGAAUGUUGUGAAAGUCAAUCAAGGUCUCACCAAACAUGUGACUGUUAAGAAUAAAUAUGCCAGCAGUAAGCAAAUGAAGAUCAGCACUCUUCCACAGCUAAAAUCUGAUGUGAUACUCAACCUUUCAAAGCAUUUAAUCUUCCAGAAAUAACUUUUCUGAAAAAGUUUCUUCCUUGUAGUGAUACUUGUCAGCACCAUGUGCUACUGUAAAUAACUGUAAUUAUCUGUU